GUGUUUUUCAGAUUUUGGUGUCGUUACGUGCAUACCAGGUAUGUCGGUCUAGAUGACUGGUCCAUGUUAUGUGCCCUCGUGGUCGCAAUUGGGAUGGGGAUUCAGAACGGGUUCCACAUCUCAUGGGGAACGGGUCGUCAUGGAUCGGAUCUCGACUUUCUCGCCUUCGAAUGCCCCAAGAACCCCUCACAAGCAUGGUCACCAACAUUUCCUGCAGAAUGCAACAACCUUGUUGCGACGUACUUCUCAACUGCCUCUAUCAAUAUCCUGACCGAUACUGUAAUCCUCGUAAUGCCCCUCCGCGCCUUCUGGCAGCUCCAGCUGCACCCCCGGAAGCGCUGGGCCCUCAUAGCCGUCUUCCUUGUCGGCGGUAUCGCAGUCCUCGCCUCCAUUGUUCGCAUCUACGCCCUCUACACCUACACUUACACCAAAGACGUCGCAUACGACGCUAUCUUUAUCCUACUGCUCUCUCAGAUUGAAGUCAACGUCGCCAUCAUCUCGGCGUCUGCGCCCGCGCUGAGACCGCUGUUUAAGAAGACUUUUAGGAACACAUCG